UUUGCUUGUUCAUUUGCUUGCUUGCUUGCUUGCCAGCGUGUCGGUUGGCCCCUUUCUUGUGCCAUGUCCGUCUCGUAUCCUCGAUCGCGUCUCAACAUCAGGAUCAUCCUUGGGAUAUAUGGAUGCGGGCAACUUGUUUCUCCGAUUGGUGCAGAUGACGAGAUUCUAGAAGCGCAACCACCAGACCGGGGCUCUGACCGCUACUGUGCUGUUGCGCUUGGGCAAGUUUUGCUCUACUGUGGUAUGGUUGUUGUGGUUGGUGGUUCACCAGUUAGUUAGGUGGCUUGCGCUUCCUUUUGCCCCUCCCUCUCCCCUCACAAUAUGAAUCGGUAGGCAAAACUCAACCACAACGCUAAUUAAUCACUCUGCCAAAAACGUCACGAAUCAUCUUGUUAGCCUUACCAUUCUCCAAAUCCGUGCCGCAGCCUUCUCGCCAACCCUGCGACUUUGUGCCGAUUGCCAGUUUGACAUCACUCACCAUGGAGGCCGAAAUCCGCGCCCACAUUCCAAACAUCGACCCUAUCUUGACCGACU